CCAGAGCUGUUAUUCCCUGAUUGCUGGGCAAUACUUCACUGUAGAUCGAUCCGUCAUUUCUGCAGCGCGGGACAUUCUGAUGAUGAUGGAGAGAUGGGGAAGCUUCUCGCUGUGGGAAUUUCGGCAAACUGUAGGAAUUACACCGUUUUCUAUUAUGAUCGCGCAACAAUGGUAACCGAGUGGCUUGUCUUCCUACUUUCGUGGAUCGCGUUCUACGCGUUCUACAUCCGGUGGACGCGCCGCAAGCAGUACGAUGCUGCCCGCGGCAUGGAAGGUCCCAAGGCGUACCCGCUGAUUGGCGCCGGGUACAAAUUCCUCGGCAAAUCAACCCCCGAACAGCUGCACCAGGUGCUGACGGAAAUCACCAGCACCUACCGGUCGCCGGCGGCCGUUUGGCUGGGUCAGAACUUGUGUCUGUUUCUGCACAAACCGGAACACGCCCAGGCGGUGCUCAAGUCCAACGACAUGCUGAAUCGGGCGAACUUCCAUCGGUACUUUAACGUGAACAAGGGCAUUUUGACGCAGCCGGCGCACACCUGGAAGGCGCACCGGAAGAUGCUGAACCUGUGCUUCAGCCCGUCGAUUUUGAAGGGAUUUAUGCCGACGAUCAACCAGAAGAGUCAGGUGUUUGUGGAGCAGCUGGCGGGGUGGGUGGGCAAGCCGGAACAGAACAUCUACCUGGAGGUGGGCAAGUGGGCGCUGGAUACGAUUAGUGCAACCGUUCUCGGCCUGGACUACCAUCUCCAGAAAACCGACGCCGCCGUGGCGUACCUCAAGAACAUCGACGAGUACCUAACGCUGGUGACGAAGCGCAUGGCCACCGCGCACCAGCACCCGGACCUCCUCUACAUUAUGACGCGCGACUUCCGCGACUUUGCCCGCACCGGCAAGCAGUUUUACUCGUUCAGCAGCAUGGUCAUGGACAGCAAGAAGGACUUUAUCAACCCGGAGGUGAUGGCGGACUUCAAGGAGAACCCCCGCAAGCCGCGCAUCUUCAUCGACAUGGUGUACCAGAUGGCGGCCGCUGAUCCGGAUCAUUUGGCUGACGAGGACAUCCGCGAUCAUCUGGACGAGGUCAUUUUCGCGGGGCAUGACGCGAUCGCUACGACCAUGGCCUACAUCAUGCUGAUGAUGGCGAUGCAUCCGGAGGUGCAGGAGCGGGUUCACCAGGAGGUGAUGUCGGUUUGCCCGGACGAGGGCGCCGAGUUCAGCUUGGAGGACUGUAACAAGCUAACGUACACGGAGAUGGUGUGCAAGGAAACGAUGCGAUUGUUCCCGGUUGGACCGAUCAUUGGACGGAGGGCGACUGCUGAUGUGAGGUUGGAUGAAAACCACAUCAUCCCGCAGAACGCGCAGUGUAUUAUUUCGUUCUACCAGCUGCACCGCGAUCCGGAGGUUUGGGGACCGAACGCCGACCGGUUCGAUCCCGAGAACUUCCUGCCGGAGAAAGCGGACCAGCGGCAUCCGUAUUCGUUCCUGCCGUUCAGUGCCGGCUCGCGGAACUGUCUGGGCUAUCGGUACGCGUGGCUUCCGGUGAAGAUCAUGCUGGCGUAUCUGGCGAGGAGCUACAGGUUGAAGACCUCGCUUACGAUGGACCAGCUGACGCUGCAGAACUACGGAAUUAUCAUCCUGCGGAUUGCGCAGGGUUGCCAGGUGACGGUGGAGCAACGCGAGGGAAGCAAGUUGGGACGGUAGUGUUGCCAGACAUUUGUUUGUAAUGCAUUAUUUAUUGAGCACAAUCGU